GCCGCAGCAGCUGAAGCGGCCCCCCCAGCCCAGUCCCGGCGCGACGAUGAGGGGCAUCCCGGGCUUAAAGAGGCUGCGGCUCAAAAUCUGGCGGCGAUGCGCCCUGCUGCUGCUACUCCUCUGGGCUGCCUGCUGGGUGGUGGUGAGCGCUGCGCUGUUCCUCUUCCACAGGAGCGUCUUCUCCGAGCGCUGCACGGACGAGAAAAGCCACCGGAUCCUGGCCAGGCUGUGUCUUGACUACAGCAGCGGAGCCCUGACUGGUGACCUCUGUGAAGACCUGUGCGUGGCACAGAAGCUGGUGUACAAACACUGCCUUUACUAUGACAGAGGUAAGAAGGUCAUUCAGGCUGAUUGGAGAGGCCAGCCCAUCAUACUGAAAUCCAAAAAAGAAGUCUUUUCCAGCUACCAGCACCUCAGUAUGCUGGAGGAGGUGGAAACACAGGAUAUACCUGAAACUGAGCUUCUGCUGAUGGUAGCUUUGGAGGUCAAAAAUGCCUUGGGGCUAGAACUGUCUAAUAGUACCAUGGGACCCCUGUGGACAGGGAAAAAGGGACCACGUUGGAAAGCACAGGUGGCCAGCAUGUGGUCCUUGCUCCAGCAGGAAGAAUAUAUCUACUUCAGUUUGCUGCAGGACUUCAGCAAACACAUGCUACGAAUUAUUGGCUCUUGCGGACACUUUUAUGCUGUGGAGUAUCUCACAGCUGGACAUGCCUGGCACAAAACUCUUUUUCCCUUGGAAAACGUGAUCGGUCCCUCCCUUAUCGGACACAAAAGCAGGGUGAGAGCCAUCACUGACAUUGCACUCAGCUUUCUGGACAUGGUGCAGCAUUUUGAUAAUGAUUUCUCUCACCGACUCCACCUGUGUGACAUCAAACCAGAAAAUUUCGCUAUCAGGCACGAUCUUACGGUGGUGGCCAUUGAUGUGGAUAUGGCCUUUUUUGAACCCAAAAUGAGGGACAUCCUCGAACAGAAUUGCACAGGAGAUGAAGAUUGUAAUUUUUUUGAUUGCUUUUCAAAAUGCAAUCUGAAAAUAAGAAAAUGUGGAGCACAGAGAGCCAAUAACAACUUGCAAGUAAUCUGUGACAAAAUAUUCCGUCACUGGUUUUCCCCAAAUCUCAGAGGACCGUUGGUUUCCCUCCCCCUGCAGCUGCAGCUGCAGAAAGCUGUGCAGGAGUGUGCUCAGCCGGGGCACAUGGACGCCGCCGGGCACCAGAGGACUCUGAAAUCUUUCUCUGAGUUAUACCACCUGCUUCAGGUCACUCAACAAGAACUGCAAAGGGCAGAGUAGACACAAAAGGCAGGACUGCAAAGGCUACACACUAGUCUCUCUGCCAUCCCUCCUACCCACUGUACAUUUACAGCACAGAGAUUGCUUUUCUGCUAUGCAAAUGAAAUUCAUGGCUGCAGGUGCAGCACAUGCUGUUAA